AUGUGGAAAUUCGUGAUUGGAAGUGUCUCGACGACCGCCUUCUUGGCAACACUUUGCACUAUUUAUUAUUCGGUUUCGAUGCUCGAUGAGCUGGAUUCAUUCCGUGGAAGAAUCAGAGGGGAACUCGAGGAUUGGAAGGAGGUAAGUGAUGACACGUGGCAUAGAUUGAAUGAUAUGACGUCGAGAAGUGCACCAAAGAAAACGAAUAUUCUCAAAGAGUUUUUGAGAGGAAAGAGAAGCGACGGGAAUGGAGAUCAGUGCAACUGCGCUGAGCCAACCAAGAACUGUCCAGCCGGACCAGCCGGAGAGAAGGGAACUCCAGGAAAUCCAGGACAACCAGGACCAGAUGGAGUCGAUGGAGACAAUGGAAUCGACGGAGAAGUUGUUGAGCACGAGAUGCCAGAUACCAAAGAGUGCAUCAAGUGUCCAGCCGGUCCACCAGGUCCACCAGGACCUCCAGGACCACUUGGUCCACGUGGAGAAAAGGGAUCAGAAGGACCACGUGGAGCACUCGGAGAUCAAGGAGAAACUGGACCAAUUGGAGAGAUUGGAGACCAGGGACCAGCUGGAUUCCCAGGAAGACAAGGAGCCAAAGGACCAGCUGGACAGCCAGGAACCAUUGCAACCGUCGGAUUGGCUGGACGUUCUGGACCACAAGGACCACUCGGAGAGGCUGGAUCUCAAGGAGAGCCAGGAGUCGAUGGAAAGGAUGGAGCUGUUGGAGAGCCGGGAAGAAAGGGAGAAAAUGGAAGAGCUGGAAAACGUGGAAAGGACGGAGUUGCGGGAGUGCCAGGAACACGUGGAAAGUUGGGAGAGGACGCUGGAUACUGUACAUGCCCACCAAGAACCGCUUAA